AUAACAUGCUGCAGUGGGCAGAGCCUCUCAAUCCAUAAAAUCAUAUACAGUUCUACAGAUCCUCAUUACCAUCAUCAUCAUCUCCAACACACAAGAACAUCAUCAGAUACUUGAGAAGAAGAGAAGAUGUCUGCAUCUGAAGGCACAAAAGAAGAGGAAAGACCGAUGAAAAUCGCUGAGGAUUUGCAGAAAUACUCCUUACGCAUUUCGAAGGACAUUUUCAAGGUUUUCAAUGACCCAGUUCAUGGACACAUGGAGCUGCACCCCCUGCUGGUGAAGAUCAUUGACACUCCUCAGUUUCAGAGACUCCGUCACCUCAAACAACUGGGAACAAAAUAUCUUAUUUACCCUGGUGCUACUCACUCUCGUUUCGCACACUCAAUCGGGGUGGCAUAUUUAGCAGAAUGGUUUGUCGAGACUCUGCGUGCGAAUCAGCCAGAACUCAACAUUACCAAACAGGAUUCCCUGUGUGUCCAGAUCGCUGCUCUGUGUCAUGACUUGGGUCAUGGUCCAUUCUCUCAUUUGUUUGAUGGCAUGUUCAUCCCUGAAGUCCAGCCUGAUAACAAAUGGCAGCAUGAGCAGGCGUCUGUUCAGAUGUUUCACUGCAUGAGAAAGAAGAAUGGACUGGACAAAAUGAUGAAGGACUAUGAACUGAAUCUAAAAAAAGACAUCAUCUUCAUUGAGGAAUUAAUUCAGGGACGCAAAACUUCAGAUAGUCCGUGGACAGCGAAGGGAAGACCUGAAGACAAAUCCUUCCUGUAUGAGAUUGUGGCAAAUAAACUAAAUGGCAUUGAUGUGGACAAAUGGGACUAUUUGUCUCGAGACUGUCAUUAUCUUGGAAUCCCAAAUGGGUUUGAUCAUCAGCGUCUGCUGAAAUCUGCUCGGGUCUGUGAGGUGGAUGGGAGGAAUCAUAUCUGCUUCAGAGACAAGGUGGCUGAUAAUGUUUAUGACAUGUUUCGAACCCAGUACACUCUGUACAGCCAGGCCUACCAGCACAAGAUCGGCAACAUCAGUCAGACAAAAAUUAUAGAUGCCCUCUUAGAAGCUAGAGACAAGCUCCCAAAGAUCUCACCAAUUGCUGUAUCCAAAUUACAAGAUGAUAUCGAGAGAAAGAUCCGGAGGAUUACAGGAGUCUCUUCACACACUCACGAGGAUGACGAGAACUCAACAAAACUCAACGGAGAGAUGAGAGAGUUCGCCAAACUGACAGAUCACAUCUUUGAGGAGAUCUUGUACUCCAGUGAUGUCGGGCUGGAAGGUGCCCGAAAGAAACUUGAGGAUGUUGUCAAGAGACGCCUGCCAAAGUGUGUGGGAGAGACCAGACUGAUAAAUAGAGACAAUCUUGACAACAAAAAGGCCCUAAAUCAGACCCUACAGAAUAAGUGGAAUAAAGCAGUGGACGAGUGGAACAAACUUCACCCAGCUGUGUUCUUGGAUAAGAAGGAUUUCAGCACUGAAGUGAUUCAGCUGGACUGCACUCACAGCACGGGUAAAAACCCCAUCGACAAUGUCUAUUUCUACAGGAAGUGGAAUCUCACUGAAGCCUUCAAGAUUAAGAAAUAUGAGGUCUCCAGUCUGCUGCCGGAGGAGUUUACUGAAUAUGUUGGUAGGGUUUACUACACAAAAAACUCUGAGGAGGAGGAGAAGGAUGCAAAGGAGUGCUUUGGUUGGUGGUGCCGUGACAAGUGUAAUAUUCUGGUCUAUGAUCAGGAAGAGUUCAGAGGCAAUGAGCGCUUGAUCACAGGAGACUGUCCUUCAUUAGAUGACUGUGGUAUAAAAGAGGUCCAGUCCUGUAAGGUGCGCAGAGGUUUCUGGAAGCUCUUUGAGGGUCAUGACUACAAUGAUGCAGAGUUCCUACUGGAGCCGGGGAAAGAGUAUCACAUUUUGUUAGGUAGAGGGAUGAGGCAAGGACUCGAUGCAGAGAGAAGGGCUCUUUAA